GCAGUCGUGUGCUCUCUCGGAUGUAGAUUUUUGCGAUUCCGGCCGCCGUUAGGAGUCAGACGACAACAAAAACAACCGUAGAAAUAACCAACAGCCGUCCGAGUCCGCCAUGUUGAAACUAUGUCAACUACCCAAGCUGCCCCGGGUAAUAGUCUAGUUUUCAGACUCGGUAGGAUAUUUAAUUUGAACGUGUUGGUUUCGCCAAAUUACGCUUAAACGGAUAAUUUACAUCCAACAGGUAUAUGCAAGUUAUAAUAACUGUUAUGUUUUAUUAUCAAUGAUUUACUAUUGUCAGUUACGCAAAUUUGUUGAACUUUUAGUGUUGGAGUCCCAGUUUUUGAUGACUGAAUAUCGAGGCUAUUUUAGCCCCACUUCGCAUGCGCCGUAACCCUUGAUCACCCAAGGUGGGAGGGCGACGUGCAAGAGUUUUUGUCGAAGUUUACAUCGAAAUGUCUCGGUUAAAGGCCUUAAUUCGGCCCUCCGUAAGGUGCAUUGCUCACAGAAGGUACUGCAGCACCGAGAGGGUGACCAACGCCCUGGUCACCGAGUACAGGAACGACAUUUUCGAGGAGGAGAAGCGGCGACAGCAGGGGUUGGUGCGGCGACUGGAGAAGAUCGAGGUCGUUCACGUGGGGCCCAACGACCCCGGCACUUUCGUCAUGAACAAGAACCUGUCCACGCCUUACCACUGUGCCAUGCACAUCAGUGAGACCUACACCAAGUACUCUGCUCUUGCCCUGGUGAACGGUGAACCCUGGGACAUGUGGCGACCGCUGACGGAGGAUUGCGAGUUGAGCUUCGUACGCUUCCGCGACCAAGACCCCGAGGAGGCCAACAAGGCGUACUGGCGCUCCUGCGCCCUGAUUCUCGGAGCGGUGAUGGAGACGGCAUUCAAGGACACGUUUUACGUACAGCUUUCCCGCGCUCCCGAACUCCCCAUUAUCAAGGGCAUGUUUCUAUACGACGUGGACCUGGGCCUGAAGAAUUGGACACCAACGAGAGAUAACCUCCGUUCCCUGAGCCUCUCUGCAAUCGCCAUGAAAUCUAAGGACAUGCCUUUCGAGAGACUUGAAGUGGACCCUAGCCUGGCUCUCAGGCUGUUUAGGCACAACCAGUACAAGCAGCGUGAGGUGGAGGAGAGGGUGCAGGGAGGUCGAGUAACACUCUACAGAAUGGGCAAGUUUAUAGAUAUCCACGACGGACCGAUGAUGUCAAAGUCAAGUUUAGUGUCAUUGUUUACUGUAGCGGGGAUACAUGAGCUCCCAGGCGGGCUGUAUCGUGUGCAGGCCGUGUCCCUUCCCCAUGAUUUCUAUCUCCACAGCAGUGUGUGGGACAAGUUGGUAAAGAGAGCUAGUGUCCCCCUGGUGGGAGACUUGAGUACUGCAGGGACAGAUGAGUCAUUGUUGAGGGAAAUAGCAUAACAUGUAGAGACUAGAAGUUCAGCAGCUUAAUGUUAACAUAUAGUCUCUUUCAAGAUGCCUAAUUCUUACUUUCAUACCAAAAUUGUAGUACAAAGGAUUAUUUUGAGGUUGUACAUGUGUUUUUGUAUCAUGUUUAGUACUUCAUUAGUAAAUCUUUUGAAAAUCACAUCAGUAAGAGUUAUUACAGAUGAUACACAUGAAACAAAUGUUGUUAAGAAGUACACUCAUGACUAUGUAUGUCAUAGAAAAUAAAAAGCAUUUACUAAAGAGAUUCUGUUAUUGCACCAGCACUUAAUAUUUGGAUAGAAAUCAGUGAUAUAAAGUUUAGAAAUAGUGAAAUCAAUCAUUCUUCCUCCUUGAAUGUAACAAGAUUUCAGAGAUCUCAUACCUACAUGAAAUAUUUGGAGCCUUUGUAAUUUUUUUAAUGGACACUCAAAGGUGGCCGUACAAACCUCUGGCUAUUGGAUACUGGGAUCUGCUUGGAGAUUACCA